UAUUUUGAAAUGCAUGGCCCCAUAGUGUGCCGUAGAAUAAGGAAGUAGAAUGAAUUGACAUAUCCCCUUGCCUACAGUCUACUGAGAAUGGAAAGUACCAGUACAGUCAAGUCAAAGUUGCAGUACAUCCUCUAAACAACGGAUUGUAAAGGGUAUUGGGUUUGAUUGAAACUUGUAUCACUAUUUCAACUGACAAGGUCUGGAAGCACUUCUGGGAAUGGCUCAAAAUUGCCUCAAGUGUUUGAAAUACACCAUGUGUGUGGUUAACUUCUUGUGCUUUAUUUGUGGAACCGCAGUGUUUGGUUUUGGAGUGUUCAUGAUGUUGAACUCCAAGGUGUCUGCUCUCAUCCCCACCCUGUACUCCCUGAAUCUGUCCAACACACUCCUCAUCACCGGCAUCAUCAUGACUUGUGUGUCCUUCCUGGGGUUCCUGGGGGCCCUGAAAGAGAACCGCUGCCUCCUCAUCACUUUUUUCAUCCUGCUGCUCAUUCUGAUGUUGGUGGAGCUGACUGUAGCCUGUCUACUGCUGGUAUAUGAGACAGAGAUUGACAGCUUCCUAAAGAAGGAUCUCACAGACAGUCUGAAGAUGUCCAGGGACUCAGCUAAAGGUGGGAAUUCCACAAUGAACACGGACGACUGGGACAUCAUUCAGACCACGUUCCAGUGCUGUGGGGUCAAUAACGCAAGUGACUGGAAGGACAAAGCGCCUAUGUCCUGCUGCUCCAUGAGCCCAUGUGACAUCAAGCAUCCAGUAUACUGGAAGGCCGGUUGUUACAAUAAGCUGACGGAGUGGUUUGGGAAGAACUUCCUAGCCACUGGGGUUGGUGUGAUUGUGCUCUGCAUUAUUGAGGUCCUGGGCAUGUGUUUCUCCAUGACUUUGUUCUGUCACAUAAGCCGGUCUGGACUCGCCUACAAAUUAUGAAAAUUCUGCCUCCCUGGUUAGGACCUUUCUGUUCACACUGAACACAUCUGUCUUCAACUGUUUUACAAAGGAUUUCCUUAUACACGUAUCUUUACAACAAUAAUUUGAAAAGCAUUCACCUAUGAGAUUUUAUAUAAUUAAAUGUAUGUUUUAUUUGUUUUCUGUAACAUGCCGCCAGUUCAUGCUCUCUGAGGUUUCAUUUCAUGCUGAAAGGCAGGCACUUUAUAAUGUAAACCCAAAUAAUUCAAUAAACAUUGAGCUUUUAAUUCAUUUUAA